AUGAAUCAAACAUCGCGAACUGACGAUGUGGUCGACCACCCCGGAUGGAACCAGAAUCCGCCGCUGCUCAGUGCAGAAGAGACCACGAGGCAGGACCUUAACGGCAUCGUCAAUCUACGAGAGCAAAGAGACCACACCCUACAGAAUACAGACGCCCGAGAAACGCCGACCCAGAUAGACGUCGUUCAGCCCCAGGAUGAAAAUGCAGAAACGACUCCUCCGAGCAAGAACGAAGACGCUGCGAAUGCCGACAACCAGCCGCAGAAACGGGCCAGGGCUGCGACGCUCAAGCUCUCGAUUCGUCGCUUUCUCCGCCCUUUCGUCAAGUUUGCUUCGUUCGUUGGGCCUGGCUUCCUGGUGGCCGUCGCCUAUAUCGACCCCGGAAACUAUGCCACCGAUGUUGCGGCCGGGGCAGAGAGCAGAUAUGCUCUUCUCUUUGUCGUCCUAAUGUCGAACCUCUUUGCCGUCUUUCUGCAGACGUUGUGUAUCAAGCUGGGCAGCGUCACCGGCCUCAGCCUGGCCGAAAAUUGUAGAGUACACCUGCCAAAAUGGAUGAACAUGGCGCUCUACAUAUUGGCAGAGUCUGCUAUUGUCGCCACAGAUAUUGCCGAGGUGAUUGGCUCCGCCAUUGCGCUGAACUUGUUGUUGAAGAUUCCUUUAGUAGCGGGAUGCGUCAUCUCCUUGGUCGAUGUGCUCUUUCUUUUGAUUUUUUACCAACCGAAUGGGUCAAUGUGGGGCCUUCGUGCUUUCGAAUUCUUCGUCAUCCUCCUCGUUGUUUCCGUGGUGAUCUGCUUCUGUAUCCAGCUCUCUCUGAUCAAAGAGCAGUCCGUGGGCACGGUUCUCCGAGGCUAUAUUCCUUCAGCAGCCGUCGUGCGAGGCUCAGGUAUCUAUCAGAGUUGCGGUAUCCUCGGAGCUACGGUCAUGCCACACUCCUUGUUCCUGGGCAGCGGUGCUGUCCAGCCGCGUCUGAGAGAAUAUGACAGGGGAAAAGGCUAUAUUGAAGCAGACAACGGUGAGGAAGAUGAUGUAGACUGGCGUCCCUCCCUCCAAGCGAUACGCAGUUGUAUGAAUUAUUCCAUUGUGGAACUUGCGCUAUCACUAUUCACAUUUGCACUCUUCGUCAACAGCGCCAUCUUGAUUGUUGCCGGGGCUGCUCUCUACGGAACCCCGGGCGCUGGAAACGCGGACCUGUUUGGCAUACACCGGCUUCUAUCGCAGUCCAUCGCCCCGGCAGCAGGCACCAUCUUUGGACUGGCUCUGCUGCUUUCUGGCUUGUCUGCGGGCAUUGUCUGCACUAUCGCAGGGCAAAUGAUCAGCGAGGGCAUGAUCCAAUGGACAUGCCGACCCUGGAUUCGCCGACUGCUCACUCGCGCUAUCAGCAUUGUCCCCGCAGUCAUUAUCGCCGCUGCCAUUGGGAGAGACGGACUGAACACGGCUUUGACGGCAUCCCAGGCCGUUCUGAGCGUGAUCCUCCCGUUCGUGACGGCGCCGCUGGUGUACUUUACUUGUCGCAAUAAAUUCAUGACUGUCGGGGCGUCAAGAGAUACGUCAGUUGACUCGGGGCAUAAUGAAGUGCAGCCGGAGGAGGUCAAAAUGCGAAAUAGCUGGCCUGUCUCUGCGCUGGCCAUCGCCAUAUGGCUAGCCAUUACCAUUAUGAACGUUGCCUUGCUGGUGUUGGUUGGACUUGGACUGGCAUAG